UCACAUACGUCUGAUACAUCACAAAGCCACUUUCAUUCAAAAUUUCGUUUCGCAAGUAGAGGUCUUGAAUCGGAGCUUAAAAGUGAACGUUUCUCAAAUUCUAUUAAUUAUAAAUUAGUCGACCCGUUAAACUAAUAAUAAUGGCUCUAGUUGCAGAGAACAAAAAUAUCCUCAAGUUUCUAGAACUCGUCGGUCGUUUGAAGCAUGUCAAAAGAACUGGCUGGGUGCUGUGCCACAUCGACGAUUGUGAGUCCAUCGCGGGGCACAUGUACCGCAUGGGCAUGAUGACUUUCCUGCUUACUGAAGAGAACAACCCAACAAAAUUGGAUCGCUUUAAAUGCCUUGAAAUAGCUCUUGUCCACGAUUUGGCAGAGUGCAUAGUCGGAGACAUCACUCCGCACUGCGGAGUGUCUCCUGAGGAGAAGCACCGGCAGGAGGAUGAGGCUAUGAAGAAAAUUGCAGAGCUGACUGGUUUCGCUGGCAACAGGAUGUAUGAGCUUUACAAGGAAUAUGAGUUUCAAUCCUCACCCGAAGCAAAGUUUGCAAAAGACCUAGAUAGGUAUGACAUGAUUUUACAAGCCUUCGAAUAUGAGAAACGUGAGAAGGCUCCAAAGAAGCUACAAGAAUUCUUCACAGCGACCGAGGGGAAGUUCAACCAUCCAUUCAUCAGGGACUUGGUAACAGAAUUGUACAGGCAAAGAGAGGAAUUCGAAAAGAAAUUUGUGGUAAAUGGUACCACAUAACUCACACUUAAUAAUUCAGGUAUUUAUAAGUAUUAAGCCAUAAUUAUAACCGGCUUAUAAAGCGCGUCAAACGUAGUUAAGAUUAUUUUUAUUUGCGAUGUCCAACUAGACUGGUUCUAGGUGAUAACUGAUAAUGGAUCUAAGAUAUCUCAGUAUAGAUUAUAAUAAGGUUUGAAUGCUAUUGUACCAGUGUCAACAAUUACACCUUUUUUUUUACUUCCAGUCCAAAAGUGUGUGUUGUCUU